AGUGGACAUGAGGAAGGAGAGGAAGAUGAUGGAAGUGGACAUGAGGAAGGAGAGGAAGAUGAUGGAAGUGGACAAGAGGAAGUUGAGGAAGAAGGGGGAAAUGAGCAAGAGGACAGAGACAUAGAAGAUGGAAGUGAACAAGAGGACAGAGAAGAAGAAAAUGGAAGUAGACAAGGAGAGAUACCCAGAAAAGAGAGGAGCCAAGGAAAUGAAGAUUCAAACCAAAGGAAGAAACAACAUGAAGAUGAUCCUGUAUACCCUGGUGCUCCUCUCACAAAGGGACAGAGUCUGCUGUUACUCAUGUCGUAUGUACUGCGCCACAAUUUGACAGAAGUAGCUCUUCAGGAUCUUCUAACUAUGUUCAAUGAACAUUUCCCUGGCUUGGUGCCAGCAACUUCAUAUCUUUUCCAUAAAGCAUAUGGACAAUUUGGCCAGUAUGUGCCACAUUUUUAUUGUAUCAACUGUGACAGCUACUUGGGAGCUACUGAGACAGCACCACAAAACUGUACGUCUUGUAAAGCUGAAUUUGACACAGAGAAAAACCUAAGGGCUGGAUCUUACUUUCUUGCACUUAGUCUAUCAGCCCAAAUAAUUGAUAUUUUGGAAAAAACGGAGAUUUGUUUGAAUAAAAGGGAAUCAAUUCCAGGCAUUGUUUCUGAUAUUCAGUGUGGGGCAGAAUAUCAAAAGAUCAAGCAGAGUGGACAAAUGGGGCCUGAUGACAUAUCAAUCAUAUGGAAUUGUGAUGGAAUUCCAGUUUUUAAAAGUAAUAAUGUUCAGAUAUGGCCAAUCCAGUGUCAAAUCAUUGAGCUGUCACCAAAAGAUCGUGAAAGGAACAUAUGCGUACCAUGCUUAUGGGUUGGUAAUAGCAAGCCAAAUAUGAUAACAUUUUUAACUGCUUUUGUGUCACAGCUCAAGGAACUAGAACACAUUGGAAUCCAAUGGAGGGACUCUGAAAAUGUAGAGCAUACAAGCAAGGUUCAUUCACUCCUCUGCUCUUCUGAUUCAAUUGCCCGGCCCCUCCUGAGAAACACCAAGCAGUUUAAUGGAAAAUAUGGGUGUGACUUUUGCCUCCACUACGGUGGUGGCCCAUAUACUUGGGAAACACCAGAACCACCUUUAAGGACAGAGAAAGAUCAUUUCCGGCAUGCUAUGCUGGCAACACCUGCUCAACCAGUAAUGGGUGUAAAAGGACCAUCACCUUUGAUGGAACUUGAGAGCUUUAACAUGAUCACAGGAUUCGUCCCAGAGUACCAGCACAGUGUCUGCCUUGGUGUUACUAAACAGAUAACAUCACUGUGGCUGGACAGUAAGCACCAUAAGGAAGACUGGUACUUGGGCUCAAACAUCAGUGACAUAGACCAGGGACUCAUGUCCAUUAACCCACCUUUGGAAGUCACAAGGUCCCCAAGAUCAGUGAAAGAGAGAAAAUUCUGGAAAGCUUCUGAAUGGAGGUCAUUUUUGUUGUUUUAUGCUUUGCCUAUUUUGAGAAGUAUUUUGAAAAAGAAGUACUGGAAUCAUCUUUUUUUAUUAGUUUUUUCAAUGCACACUCUUCUUCAUGAUGCCAUCAAAGCAAACCAUGUGGAUAUGGCAGAACAAGCUCUUCGAAAGUUUGUGUGCAACUUUGAGAAACUUUAUAGUGCUAGUAAUGUUUCUUUCAAUGUGCAUUUGUUGGUGCACUUAGCAGCAAGUGUGCGCAACUGGGGACCACUGUGGGCAACAUCCACAUUUCCAUUUGAAUCGUUUAAUGGAACAUUGCUUAAGUUUUGCAACGGAACAACACAUGUGCUUGAUCAGGUAGUUAAGAGAUUCCUUAGGUGGAGGGCUCUCUCAGCAAAAGCAGGCACUACAAUGGGAAAUGCAAAUGAAAACAUACAAAAAUUAUUUGACAAACUCCAAUGUAGAUCUGGCUUAACACAGAAGUCAAAGAAGUUUCAAGACAAUGUCAGAGGUUUUGGUUGCCCGAAGAAAAGUACCACAUCUGUGCUGCAGAGGAUGGCUAUUGAAGACUUUACUGGUGACACAGUUAAUUCGGGUUUAUUUUAUGACCGUUUCACUUGUAGCAGUGUGCUUUAUCAUUCCUGCAAUAACACGACUCUGAAAAAGAGAAACAAUUCAGUUGUACAGUUAAGUGACGGAACAUUCUGUGAAAUUAUGACCCUGGUGGAUUUAACGCGUGAGGAUGGGGCAUCAUCUGCAUCCACCAGCAACAGAUUCUGUGUUUUAGUUAAAGAGCUUGCCAAGAGUGGAGGAAAGUUGUAUAGAGAUGUUCAGCUGAAUAUAUCCUCAACAUUUAUAUAUGAAGUGUCUCACACCAAUAAUGUGUUUGCUGUCGCUCCUCAAUCACUCAAACGUAAAUGUGUAAUGAUUAGGUCUAAGGACAAACUGUAUGUCAUUCCACUUCCAAACAACAUUGAAAGACACUAAAAAAGACUAGAAAGAGACCAAAAGAGACUACAAACUGACUCCUGGGGAACUACUUCUGUAGCUUUACAGAUAUCAGUGCCAAUUGUUGUUUUUCAGAUUUAUUUCCUAAAAUCAAUAAUGAUAUGUUGAACACUGAUUAUGAUAUAAUCUGUUAAGACAGAGUUUGAGUGAAAUUCAAUUUUUUGGCCAUGCAAUAGUGUUUACUUGGCUGUACUUGUGACAUCACAAACUAGUAGCUGAACUUCCUGUCCAGUAGAACAAUUUUUCUUGUGUUCGUAUGGUGUGCUGUUGGUAUAAAAUUAUAAAUGCAUUGAUAUACAUGGACCUCUCUGUGACAUUGUAUAAAUUUAUUAAAAUACUUAAAUCACAAUUACAAGAGUAGCCUUUUGUAUGCAUACACUUCAUUUAAUAAUGUUUUAAAUGGGCUUUAAAUGCAUGUAUCAUAUGUUUUAUUACUUUCCGUUGCAAGCAUGAAGAAGUACACUUAAAAAUGACUCCAAAAUUUAACUUAAAGCAUACUAACAAGUUCUUUAAUAAUGUACUUUAAAAGUAUACUUUCAAUGCAUUGUUACAUUUCAGCACACAGUUAAAAAUAAUACUAAAAUAUAUUUACAUAAGGCGCAAAUAAAUACACUUUUAAAAACAAACAAAACUAU